ACCAGCCAAAUGCACCUAACUUUAGAAAUUUUUGCAACCCAGUACUACUCAGUGCGGACAGACCAAGCUUUAUUACCAAAUGAAUUAAUAGUAACCACGAAGGUAUGCAGGCUACUGUCCUCAGCUGAAGUAUCAUGUGGGCCAGACUUAUGGUCAGUUGACAGCAAAGCUCCUAACUUCCCCGGAGGUAUCCCACUCACAGAGGCUUGUGCUCCAAACCAGUCCUCUCUCAUCCACAGAGAAGGAAACAGCAUCCCGCAGUCAGAUCUGGUGGAGCAGACAUGGGGCAAGCAGGAACCUGGAAACUAUGAUCCCGGGUUACACAGGUUUCGUCCCAUUGCGCCAAAACUACAUCUGCAAAACGUAUGCAGAGACCUGUCGAGAUGCUCUGUCAGAGUUCAACCAGGAGCAAGCAAAGAGACUUCACAACGCUUCUGCUGACCUGUCUUUUCCUGUCAUCAACAGUGUCCCAGACUUCAGACCUAGACGAUCGAACAGCCCUCUGAUAGCCCUUUCUAAAGAUCCUGCUCCAUACAAGGCCCCUGACCCUUGGAAGCCACCAGGCUCACCGUACUUCAUGGAGGACAGUAGCCCACAUAAGUAUUUCAUCUCAGGUUUUACUGGUUAUGUCCCCAAAGCCCGGUUUCUCUUUGGUACUGGAUAUCCUACCAUCACCAAUAAGGCAUUGAUCCAGUUUAGCAAGGAAAUGAAGGCAGGUCCGGCAUCUUUGCAGAAAUAUAGCCUGCAGGAGGAGGAUUCCUCCAACUUACCUCUGAUACCCACAAUAUACCCCUCCAAAACAGGUCUCCUGCCAUCCUACACAGGCCACAUACCAGGGUACAGAUUUCAGUAUGGCCAUACAUUUGGGAAACUCACCCAUAAUGCUCUGGGUCACACUGCUUCACAGAAGAACGCAGGGGCAAUUAGGCUGAGCUGAAGGUCUAACAGUUCACACACAACUCACCUAAAGACAAUUAAAGUAAUAUGGUCAACAUGUUGAUUUACCAUUGUCAUGUAUUGUCAGAUUCACCAUACUGACUUUAAAGUGCUGGAAUUUGUGUGGUUUAAUAUUGGCAUGUAAAUGAUCAACAACUUUUGAUUCUGUAAACUACAGAAAUGCAAUUUGUUUCAAAUUAUAUUCAUUUAACAAACACUUUCAAUUCAAAUCACACAAAACAAACACUGAUGACUCAACAAAUCUUUAUUAUCACAAGGGUUCAAUCAGGCACAACUUCAUCAGGAAAUAAGAAAAAAAAUAUGUUAAAACACUCAAAAUCAAACUGUUAAUGAACUCUUUUUUGGUAUCACUAACAUCACGGGUCACACUUGGACAAAUGUAUUUAUCAACAAAUAUCACUACUUCAUUAAAGCAGCAAAACACAGUAUAAGUACUCAGCAUGCACUUUUGAUCAAAGAAAAUAGCAAUAUUUAGUAGAUUUUAUUGUGCAAAAUUGCAAUAAAACCAGCGGCUGUAAUUUA